GGUAACAACGGCGUCUUAAGCGGAAUAAAUUGGCGGCGGUUGCCAACAAGUGACGAUUUUAAAAACGAUUGGUAGAAGUGCUCUCGCGCGAUUCUGGUCAACAGUGCUAACCAUACAUAAAAAAGGGAAUUGGUUUAAAAUUUGUGCUAACAACAAUUUAAAAAUAAAUAUCGUUUACAAUUGUGCUUAACCAAUUUUCACAAAAAUUGUCUGCAACCCGGCGCGUUGUAUAAAUAAUUAAUUUGUCUAAAUUUAAAACAUUGACGAGUUUAAAUUGACGGGAACCCAGGAGCCAAUUGUUUCACAAACUUCCGGCGAUUCCGUGCCAUAAAAUGUUUGCCACCAAUAUCCGUUCGGUUGCCGUUGGAGUCGCCGUGGUGCCGUAAGCUCGUCCUGUCCCUCCGCGGAUCCUGAUCCCGCAUCCCUUACUCAUUUCCGGUGCAGUCCGGCUGCGGCCUUUUACAUUUGCAAUUCGAAUCGCAUCGAAUCGAAUCCAAUCGAAACGGAACGUAACGGAACGAAUCGCGAGGACCCUUCCGAUAUUACCCCUUCCACAUUUUUUUGGUCGCGUUUCAUAUGCGUGGGCUAAUUAGCAUGCGGCAUUCGCAGCAAUUAGAGUAGAGGCGAGCACAAUCGGAAUAAUAACGCGGAAUGGAAGAGGAUGUGUAUGCCUCGCUGGGUGCUUACAACGACAGCGGUGGCGAGGAUUGGUCGAGUGCGGAGCACCUCGUCCUGUGGGAGGAGGAGCUGCCCGGGGAGAAUGCCAGCCAGCGACACCACAAUCACCUUCAGCUGGCCACGUGGAAUGCCAGCAAUGGCACCGCCCCAACCACCACCACCACCACGAUUACCACGCUCGAGGACGUCCCCUUCGAUGCCAACAACUACUGGGCCCUGUUGGCCCUCGUCCUCGUCCUGGGAACGGCGGCCGGGAACAUCCUCGUCUGCCUGGCCAUCGCCUGGGAGCGCCGGCUGCAGAAUGUGACCAACUACUUCCUCAUGUCACUGGCCAUCACCGACCUGAUGGUCGCCGUCCUGGUCAUGCCGCUGGGCAUCCUUACGCUGGUGAAAGGAUACUUUCCUUUGGGCUCGGAGCACUGCUUGACCUGGAUCUGCCUGGAUGUCCUCUUCUGCACGGCGAGCAUCAUGCACCUGUGCACCAUCUCCGUGGACCGUUAUUUAUCGCUGCGCUACCCGAUGAGAUUUGGACGGAACAAAACCCGCCGGAGAGUCACACUCAAAAUUGUUUUCGUGUGGCUCCUGAGCAUCGCCAUGAGUUUGCCAUUGAGCUUGAUGUAUUCGAAGAAUCACGCCUCGGUGCUGGUGAAUGGAACUUGCCAGAUACCGGAUCCGGUGUACAAGCUGGUCGGCUCCAUUGUGUGCUUCUACAUUCCGCUGGGCGUGAUGCUGCUGACAUAUUGCCUGACCGUCCGCCUUUUGGCCCGGCAGAGGCAGAACCUGGGCGGUGGCCAGCAGACGGCGGCAGCCACUCCCGGAUGGGCCAGUGGGUGGCUCGGCCAAGCUCCGGCCUUGGAACGACGAUGCACCUGGCGCCGCCUCCUGAAACCGGGACCGGGGAACGCCUCCUCCGUGCUGCACGCCCACUCCGCCAAUUCCACGGACACGGAUCUCAGCACUUUGGACAACCACGAGCUCUGGCUGCCCGAUUCCAGCAUAAAGGAGCCCACGCCGACGACAAUGACGGCUCUGCACCAGUUUGGCGCCGAAAUGCUGAAGCUCUCCCGCGGCCUGGAGUCGGUGGCCUCCUCCUCCACCACGGGAUCGCCCACCAAAUCCGAGUUUUCGCUAUCGAACCACCUGCAGCUGCAGUACCCCAGCAGUCCCCAGCGAUACGCGACCCACCAGCAGUCCGUGCCUCAGUCCCACCAGCCGCAUCAUCACCACAAUCAGCCGAAUCCCGGAAGCGCAUACCACCAGCAGACCUCGCCGAAGAAUCGCCAGGGGACCACCGCACUGGGCUUGUCCACCACCACGCUGGGAAUCGAGCGGGAGAGCACCCGGAACUCCUUGGCCAGCAGUCGAAUGGGGGAGCAGAGCGACGGGACUCUCUCCCAGCUUUCUCAGCGAAUCCGGGCGUAUAAGAAGCGCCGGAGGGCAUCUUCGGCGGUUCCAGGACGCGAUCGACGCUCCGGUGUGGAGGACGACGACGGCGACGAGGAUCUGGACACUCUGACGUCGACGCUGCGCCGCCACAAGCGUCACAAUAGCUUGCCGAAGAACGCGCUCUACCCGCGACACACCACCGUACAGGAGAGCCUCGACGACGACGACGAGGAGGAGGAGGAGGAGGUUCGGAAGGAGCAGCAGUCGAAGACCAAGUUCUGCCACUCGGACACGGAGCUGGAUCCGCCGCAGAACCAGAAGCAGUGCCACAUUGCUGGCCAGAACCACCAGUCGGACUACCUACAGCUGCCCUCCGUGUGCACGUGUCCCUACUUCGGGGACAGGCCGCUCCAGAACUGCGUGAAGACGGCGGAGGUGAAGAUCAUCUCGUCCGCCUUCCGGGUGACCACCACCACGACAGCGGUGAGCAGCUCGCCCAGCGAGAUGGAGCUGCUCAUGUGCAGUGCGGGCAACAAGAAGUCGCUGACCUCCAGUGUGAGUGCGGGGAUCACGGGAGGAUCCUCGGGAGCAGGACCUCCGCAGACAGGUGGCUCCACCUUGAGUCCCCAUUCAGCGCAAAAUCAAGGCAGCUCGCUAACGGUCCAGAGCGACGGGAGUGGCUUCCUGGCUGCUCCGGGGACGCCCUGUCCCGGAAGGAGAAAGCUGAGCAUCUCGAAGACCGCCUCGGUGGUCACCUGGGACUCGGGGCGCCACCGCAGGAGGGGCAGCAGCUUCGGCGGAGUGAGGACCUCGCUGCUGCUUACGCCCACGAAAACGGCCACCGCCUCCACUUCGUCCACGCCGCUGAGGAGAUCGGCCACGCUGCGGAGCCACCAGAACAUGAACUACCAGGGAGCGGGCGAGUGCGGGGGAAAGGCCAGGACAACUACUUCCUCACCCUGCAUGUUGCAAAGGCAGCAGACUGUGCGGUCGCACCACUCGCGCAACUCGAGCGUGAUAUCGAGGAACUCCUCGCGGCACGGCAGGAUCAUCCGGCUGGAGCAGAAGGCCACCAAGGUGCUCGGAGUGGUGUUCUUUACGUUCGUGAUUCUGUGGUCGCCCUUCUUCGUCCUGAAUCUUUUGCCGACGGUGUGCGCGGAGUGCGAGGAGCGGAUCAGCCACUGGGUCUUCGACGUGGUCACCUGGCUGGGCUACGCCAGCUCCAUGGUGAACCCCAUCUUCUACACCAUCUUCAACAAGGUGUUCCGGCAGGCGUUCAAGAAGGUCCUGCUCUGCCGCUACUCCAGCACGAGUGCCUGGCGACCCAGCAGAUAGCAGACGCCGGUGAAGCCCGGCAAGCUCAAGCCGAAUCUAAAUCCGCAUCCGCAUCCGCACAAGUGCGCCAGCGUGGACUUCCAGGACUCCACCACAACUGCUGCCCCGGUGCGGGGUGUCCUCAAAAGAAGUGUGGCGGUGGCAAGUGACAUCUAAGUCGGGGGCAAGCGGUCACUUGGCCUGCGGUCCACCGCACAACGUGUCGUAUACACAAUCUCCGAGGGAAACCCAUUCGCAUUCCCCAUUCCUCACCCAUUCGCAUUCCCAUUCCACUUUGCUCGCACGUGUGUCUUUGGGGCUUAAACGCUUAUGUGCCUCUAAUUAAUUUCAAAUUCAAUUUGCAUGCCACCGAGAGCACAUGGCCGAGGAGUGGAUUGGACCGGAGUGGCAUUCCCACUGGGUUUCCAAGGGUACGGAAUUAAGUUCGCCGCAGACAGGAGCAUAACGAGCAUAGUGUUUCUCCUCGUGUGGUUCCCCCUAAUUUUACCCCUCCAAUUUCCUCCUUCGAUUUCACCCAACUAUUUCCAUGGUUUUCAGCACUCGGUGGGGUUGCAAUUAAUUGCGGAAUGUUUGUUUUGCAUUAAUAUAAUCCCAGAAACCACUUGAGCUUCAAACAAAUUGUGUUGAGUGGGCGUCUAAAUUUUAAUGCACAGGGAAUUCACACUUUGCCAUUUGUAGAUACCUUAAUUAUUCAGAAGAGUCCUUUCAGAAUUAUUUCAAAGAAUUUGAUUAAUUUAUAUGAUAGCACAUCUUAACAAAUAUCCUUGAGGCGCGGUCCUUAAGCUAACCAGUUUUCCAUUUCUUUAAAUUGCCUAAAGAAACAAUAAUGUCGCCGAGCAAACUCCAAUCGAUAAACGCUAUUUUGUUCGGCAUUCGGCAAUUAUGCAUUAAAUUUAUGGGGAAAUUCGCCACCCGCAAAUGCACAAAGAAUUUCAUUUGUGAUUUGUGACUUUUGUUGUUUGUUCGAGUGGCUACCACCGCUCGCCGGCCGCCAGAUUGCUAUUUUUAUUUGAAAAGUUCAUUCAUUUUGUUUUAUUUCUGUGGCCAAAUGAAAAAUUUCAGCUGGUCACGUAAGAAUUUGACGGUCAGGAUGUGGAUGUGGAUGUGGAUGUGGACGCGGAUGCGGAUGUAGACGAGGUUCCCAGAGGCCAGGAGGUACAAUCCAGAGGCUAAGCGCAAACAAAAAAAAAAGGGGGAUGGGAAAAAAAAACAGAGAAAAGCCGGAGCAGCUGCCUGAAGGACAUCAAACAACAAGGGGCCAACUGUAAUAACGAAAGCCGGAUGAAAGUUUCCAAUGUGCUGCCAAGUUUUAAAGCCCCAGAUGAGCGGUUCCUCGGUGGAGGGGGCCAAAUGAUAGGUAAUGACGCCAUUAGUGGCAGCCACUCAAAGGGCCUGUCUCGAUGACACCUCACAAACAGCCGGCAAAAUUUGUACCAUUUUCGCUGACAAAUUUUUAGCGCCCCCGAACUUCGGCGAAUGUCGCCGACUGAAAAUGCUGAGGACAGACAUAAGGAAGCCCCCGUGGCACUUGGAAAUUUAUAGCAAUUUUAUCGCCGGCGGAAAUAUUUUUUCCACUUCAUUGAAUCCCCGGCAAAAGGCAGAAACGAGAAGGCAGAAGGCAGAAGGCAGAAGGCAGGUCGCGGUCCUCGGGUCGCAAAGUGUCGCACUCGGGGAACUUCAUUGAACUUUAAUGGCAGGCCGGCGGGCAAACAACAAAGGCCGUCAGAGACAGUCGUUGGGCAGGUCCUGAACCCACUUCCGCUUCCUUCAACACCACUCCUUCCGCUGACUCUGCAACAUAUGCUCGUUUCGAAGGCAAGAAAACAAAAAAAACUAGCAGGAGAACUUAUGUGGCAAAAGCCAAAUACCCUGAAAAAAACUAUUGCAAAUAGAAGUCAUCAGAAACUUCUCUUGAUUUCCCUUAUCUGUUCUAUUUUCACAGAAAUAUUCAUAAUCAGAAUAUAUUUACCACUUUUAAACAGGAUGUUUUUAUAUUUUAAGUUUUCUCCAAAACAACUUUCAAACGGUCCUUCCACAACACAAAAUGGCCAUAACAAAUUCAAAGCCUAAGUACACUGCAAGGAACUUCUCUCUAAACGUUAACUAAAACUUUUCCGGCUUUAUUGAUCUGAUUAAAAAGUUGGAGAGUUUUCAAACUUUCUAAGAGGCAAAAUCGUACACAAUAGACAAGUAUUUGACAGUGGAAAAUACUCAACGCAUUGCAUCAAAACAUUGUCUGAAGCACACACAACCUAGAACAACUACACGGUAGCAUAAGUUUAAAACGAAUUUAAAACAAACUCACAGCAAACUAAUGUAACUUGUAAUCGGUGUUUUGAGCGCUAAAUACUAACUACUAAGACGUUAGUGUACUGUAAAUUGUAGUUUGAUUUAUGAAGUAAAUCAAAAAAGGGGAGCAUUGUGACAAAACGCUUUUACCAGUAGUCCUAGUCGUAACGAGUGGCAUUUCGCAGAUGCAAACUCCAAACGUAAACUGAUCUAUGGAAUAAGUAACUCUUGUAAAUACUUCAACCACCAACAAUCAUGUUAUGUAUUAAUUGUGUUUAGCUUAAGACAGUGAUUUAAGUCCUGAUCGGAUUAGAUUAUAGCGUAGCUUGAUCAGGAUGUCUUGUGAUUUGUGGACAGAUAGAACAUAUUAUCGAAUGAAAAAAAGUAACUAUUACACACCUCCAACAGACAAUGGGUAACAAAGAGCAUUUUCCAAGGGUCAAACUUAUGGUUUCCACACUGCGAAACUUUCGAAUUUGUAAGAGAACUUAGAGAAAUAACCGAAGACCAAGCUCAUGUUGCUUGUUUGUUUUGCAUAUAAGCUAAAUAAAUCAAAAUUGAUUUCCCCGAGACAGAUAAAUUGAUGUAUUAAAUAAAGGACAUAUCCCCAUGUAUAAGUGUGUAUUUUACGAUAGCCAUAGCGAAUCCUUCCUAAUCUAAGUCAAAGACACUGAAACGUAGAUAAAGAAAUAUGUGAAACAUAUUAGCUAUAAUGUAUUAUGAUUUAUGAAAAAUGUUUUCUCAUU